UAAUCUUAAAUAAUAGACAUACAGUACAAACACGAAAUGUUAAUUAAACUUAUUUUUCAUAUUAUAUUUCUAUUAACUAUUUUAUUGCCAAACAUACCGUUUUUGUUGGCCAGAGAUGACGGACUAGCGCUGACACCGCCAAUGGGUUUCCUAUCGUGGGAACGGUUUGCCUGUCAAACCGAUUGCGACCGUUACCCGCACUCGUGUAUCAAUGAACAGCUGUAUAAGGAUAUGGCCGACCGUUUGGUAGCCGACGGCUACAGAGAGUUGGGCUACGAAUAUGUCAACGUUGAUGACUGUUGGAGCGAAAAACAACGGGACUCGAGUGGCCGGUUGGUGGCCGACAGGAAACGAUUCCCGAGUGGUAUCAAAGCGUUGGCCGAUUAUAUGCACGCCCGUAGACUCAAACUCGGUAUCUACGGUGAUGUGGGCAAUCUGACUUGCGGUGGCUACCCGGGUCAAAACAAUCAUACAGCCGGCGGACACGACUACUACGAUUUGGAUGCACAGACCGUUGCCGACUGGGGUGUCGACUCGUUCAAGUCGGACGGCUGUUACGAGGAGCCGCUUGACUUUGAUAGGCUGUACCCUAAAAUGGAUAAAGCGCUCAAUGCUACCGGCCGCAAUAUGGUAUUCAUAUGCGAGUGGCCUUUCUAUCAGUACGUCUACCGCAAUAUGACCCCCGACUACGAGGCCAUUGCUCACACGUGUCACGUGUAUCGCAGCUAUAAGGAUGUGGUCGAUUCGUGGGCCAGUAUUGAUGAAAUUAUUACAUAUUAUGGCACUUAUAACGAUCUGUUCAGAAAAUAUAAUGGUCCCGGUCACUUUUCAGAUCCAGAUGAGCUAACAAUAGGCAAUUGGGGCCUAUCCUGGGAACAGAGUCGCACCCAAAUGGCAAUGUGGUCCAUGUGGUCGUCACCGUUGUAUAUAUCAACAGAUUUGCGUAAAUUGAGGCCCGAGUUUAAAGCAAUACUACAGAACCGGGCGGUCAUUGCCGUCAAUCAGGACAGACACGGAAUUAUGGCUAAGCGUGUGUUUGCUGAUACUAAUCGCCAGGUUUGGGUUAAACAAGUGGAACCAGUAGUCAAUGGACAGUGGUCUUAUGCAGUGGCAUAUCUCAAUAGGGAACUACUUGGCGAUGCCAUAUAUAUGUCGCACAAGUUAUCGGAUCUGAUACCAGACACUAAACCGGGGGUCAAAUAUGAAAUACACGACCUGUUUCUCGAUGAGGGCAAAGAAAUAUUGGGAACCAUUACCAGAGAUGAUCAGUUGGAACUGCUAAUCAAUACGGCCGGUGCCGUACGUAUGGUUAAACUUUUAGUAAAAUAA